CUGUUGGAGCUAGCCUGCCUCUCUAGUAGGAUAAUACAUAUAAAAUACAUAGCAAUACAGGAAAUGAUUCAGUAAAAUAUAGGACCACGAGGGACCCCUGGCUUAAGGAGACUCUUUUAGGUGUGAAAGGGAUCCUGGAGUCCAAGUGGAGCACAAGUUGAACAUGAGACAACAGUGCAAUGCGGCAGCUAACAAGGCCAAUGCUUUUUUCUCUGUCAGGGAUGCUUUGACUGUGAGUUCCUGCAUGGCAGAAGGGGGUUGGACUGGAUGACCUUUGGGGUCUCUUCCGAUUCCAGGGUUCUAUUGAGAGACCCUGAAGAGGGGCUAGGACAGGGAAUGUUAUCUUGAGCUGGGGGCAAGCUGGUUUUCUGCUGCUCCAGAGAGUAGGACCCAGUGGAGGGCCCUGGAGUCCAAGUGGAGCAAGAGAGAGCCCUCUCAACAUUUCUUGCCCCAUUUGGCCAGUUUGACCUAGGAUUGGGACUCAUGGGCUUGGACUGCAGCUCCCAUCAGGACUGAUGGCCAUCUCUGGGGAGCUUUGCUGGUGUGUUCCUUCCAACUCGGCUGGGGCUGAUGGGAGAUCCAGUCCAGCCAGGGCUGAGGCUGCUUUGCUGCCGGGAUGCCCUCCCUGUCUUGGGGCCAGUCCUGGGCUGCAAGGGGGGCUGGUGAUGGGAGCCUUUCUUCGGCCGGGUCCUCCAUUUGGGGCUGGUCCUGGGUGCGAAUCCUGGGGAGGAGGCUGCCCUUGGGGCGGGUCUCCCUCCCUCCCUCUUUCGCUGCUGGGGGCUGGCCCUUGGAAGAGGGGGCUUCCGUGGAGCAUGUGCAGAGGAUAGCAGCGAGGGCUCCGGGGCUGAUGGGAGUUAUAGUCCUCUAGCCGCCGGGCAAGGAGGGCCCUGGUCCUCGGGAGGGAGGGAGCUGAGCCCAGAGGGGGGACUCUUGUUGCCUGGGAACCUGCCUGGCUGCCUGGGUCCGCCCCCCGCCCCGAGGAGUCCCGCCCGCCUUCUUGCCAGGCAGCUGCUCCGGCCGGACUACUGUACAGUACUUGCCUCUCCCCCCGGGAGCCAUGGACCUCCGUCUGCGGGAGCUGCGCCUGGAAGAGGAGCGCGCCUUCCUGGAGAGCGUGGCCCUCCCCCGGAGCCCCUCGGCAGGCGGGGGCCAUGGCGAGCCUCCUCCGGCCGAGGACCCCCAGGAAGACCAGGAGCAGGAGCAGGAGGCCGGGAGGGGCAUCUGGGGGGGCGCCAUCGUCCCCGAGCCCCUGCUGACGGAGGCCGACUGGCAGCUGCCCUGCCUGCCCAAGUCCCCCAGAGAUGCCAGCCUGAUCCUGGACGCCGUCAAGCGCAGCCAGUUCUUGCGUUGCCUGGGCGAUGGGCAGAACCAGCCGCUGGUGGAGAGCUUCACCCCCGAAGAGUGCCAGUCCGGAGCGGUGGUGGUGGCCGAGGGCCAGGAGGGCCAGGCCAUGUACAUCGUGGCCGAGGGGGAGCUGCAGGUGACGCAGAAGGGGCGCCAGUUGCGCACGCUGAUGCCGGGCGACGUCUUUGGGGAGCUGGCCGUGCUGUACAACUGCCGGCGCACGGCCACCGUCACAGCGCUGACGCCGGUGCAGCUGUGGGCCAUUGACCGCCAGGCGUACCGCACCAUCAUCACCGAGAAUGCCAAGCGGAAGCGCGCCGAGGUGCUGGCGGGCCUGCGGGGGGUGAAGCCCCUACAAGGCCUGUCAGACGCAGCCCUUUCACAGCUGCUGGACUCUGCAGAAGAGCGCACCUUUGCCCCCAGUGAGAGUAUCAUCCAGGAAGGGGACGAAGGCCGGACCUUCUUCUACAUCCUCCGCGGCCAGGUCGAGGUGACCAGGAACGUGGAGGGCCAGGAGGAGCACAUCCGGGUCCUGAAGGCUGGGGACCACUUUGGGGAGCUUGCCCUCAUUCGCAACAUUCGGAGGACAGCCAGCUGCCGGGCGCAGGAGGAGGUCACCUGCAUUGCGGUCUCCAAGGAAGACUUCCAGGAGCUGAGCCCGCUGUGCGUCCGUCAGCCGGAAGCGACGGCACAAGAGACCCUCCCUCUCUCCGACUCCAGACGGGGAUCCCUCCUUGAAGGAGCAUCAUCAUCAUCAUCCUCUUUGCCGCCUCCUCUGGGGCUCGAAGAUCUUUUGCCGGUCUUCUAUGAGGAGGGUGAGCAGCGGGGACGACCAGUGGUCCUGGGCACCGGAGGCUUUGGCACCGUUGAGUUGGUGCGCAGCACAUGCACAGAGGAGGGUGCAUCGGAGCGGCUCUUUGCUCUGAAGCGCUUGCGCAAGGACCAUGUGGUGCAGAAACGCCAGCAGGAGCAUGUGCUGAUGGAGAAGCAGGUCCUGCUUCAGAGUCGGUGCCCCUUCAUCGUCCGGCUCUUUGCCACUUUCCGGGACAGCCGCCAUGUCUACCUGCUGCUGGAGUUCUGCCAAGGAGGGGAGCUAUGGGCGAAGCUGCGCGAGGCCCGCUGCUUCUCGGAGCCGGUGGCCAUCUUCUGCUCUGCCUGUGCGGUGGAAGCCCUGGACUACCUCCAUUCCCAGGGCAUCGUCUACCGGGACCUCAAGCCUGAAAACCUGAUGCUGGAUGCCAAGGGCUAUGUCAAGCUGGUAGACUUUGGCUUUGCCAAGGCCCUGAAGCGAGGGGAGAAGACCUACUCCUUCUGCGGGACCCCCGAGUACCUGGCCCCAGAGAUCCUGCGCCACGAAGGCCAUGACUUCUCCGUGGACUUCUGGACCCUCGGGGUGCUCAUCUUCGAGAUGCUUGUAGGAAGACCCCCCUUCCACAGCACGGAGCCUCAGAAGAUCUACAGCAAGAUCAUGGACGGCGUCUUCUCCUUCCCCGUCUUUGUCAGCGAGGCGGCUUGCUCCCUCGUGGCCAAGCUUUGCAGGCGGCGACCUGGGCAGCGAUUGGGAAACACCAGCAGCGGGAUCCGGGGCAUCCGGAAGCACAGGUGGUUCAGCUCCCUCUCCUGGAAGAAGUUGGCGCUACGGCAGAUCGAGGCCCCCACCACAGUGCUGCUCAGACAGGGCUCCCCGUAUGCCAACUUCCGGCGCUUUUCCAUUUCGCGGCAAGUGCCUGAGGAGGAGUUCUCUGGCUGGGACGAAGACUUCUGAGCCCAUGUGCCACUUCGGGAGAGGUGGCCCCUCGCCAGGACCCUGCUCCUUGACCCCCCUGUGAAUGUGUGCUUGGAGACGCUGACACCAGGCUUCUCCCAGAUGGGAUGCUCCUUCCUUCCAGGACGUGGGGUGUCCGUGUUAAAGCCCUGCUGUGCCCCCCACUUCCUCCGCGGCGCUUGGCAGUGACUUGUGUGCCCCUCUUUUUGUCCGUCUGCCCGCAACUGCUCCAGUGUUCUCUGGGAAAUGGCUGCCUUUUGGGUGACAUCACUGUGAGAAGGGAAAGCCGUAGCCCUGCUGUGUUGUGGUGCUCAAUGUGGGGAAUAAAUGGAUUCAGGGGACACACCGGCUUCCGUGCGGGGGGCCUCCUUCAGUCCUUCCCUCCA